AUGGCGCCCGAUGGCAGCAACUUGUCCCCCGAGAACGCCAGCUACAUCACAGCCAUUCAGACCUUCUUUGCAUUGUUCUAUGAAGACAUUGGCCUAUCUCUGUACAAAGUCUACCCUACAAAGCUGUACAGGCGCUUUGAAAAUGUCGCAAGGGAGGCUUAUGGCUACGGACGUGUCCACAUCAGAGAAGCAAUGAUGAGGUUUGAUCGUGAAAUAAAGGCAGGAACCUUUGAUCCCGAGGAGCCAAAUCUGAUCCUUCAGCUGCAGGCUCAUCCUAAUUUGAAAGAGGAAAGUGUGGAGGCCAUCAUGCUGGACCUACUGACCGCUGGCACAGACUCGACUGCUAAAAACGUUGAGUUCCUGCUGCUCAGCCUUGCCCUGAACCCCGGCAAGCAACACAAGUUGUACGAGGAGAUCCUGGAUGUCAUUGGUCCAAAGGGCAGCCCCAUCCUGGCUGACCACAUGAAGCAGAUGGAGUACUAUAGGUCAUGCAUGAAGGAGUCAUUCAGGUUAAAUUUCCCAUUGCCAUUUGGGACAUUGCGUAUUCUCCCAAAGGACGUACAGAUCGGAGACUUCCUGGUCCCUAAAGGAACUGUGGCAGUUUGCAACAAUCGCCGUCUCCUACUGAACAGCGAGUAUUUCGAGUCCCCGAAUGAGUUUCUACCAGAACGCUGGCUUCGAUAUGGGGCAAACAAGAAGAGGGACAAAGAUUACCCGGGUGUUGCCCUCCUGCCAUUUGGGUUUGGGCGCAGAAAAUGCAUCGGUAGGCGAUUUGCUGAGCAGGAGCUUUGGUUGGCAGUGACAAAGAUUUUACAGAAUUUCAAAGUGACGGUAUCUGAAGAAGAUCGAAAUUAUGACAUCAUUUACACAACUUUUGGUCAAGUGAAGAAACCAAUCAGCUUCACGUUCACCCCAAGAUCUGACAACGCUAGUCCGUCUUCAAGUUUCUAUGUGUAA